UCACACAUUGCCCUUAAAUAAUUGGGCACUCACUUUAUUUUCUAACAAUGUUUAUCAGUUAAGCUUCAUAAAAAUUCGAAGUGACAGGCGGGUGGAAUCGUGCACAUCAUUUUCUGAGUACCCAUUGCUUCUAUGAGGAUCUCAAUUUCAUGGGUCGCCAUUAAUGAAGAAACUAAAGAAUAAUUACAGCAUGAGGCAGGCACGCGGCACUACCCAAUAUGUCUUAAUGAGCACUGUGAAGAUGAAGAUAAGAAAGAGUAUAUUUGCUGUAUUGCCAUUGUUGUGCUGCAUGGUGUUGGUUAGUUCAGAUACAAGUGAAGAUGCUUUACAUGCCUUGGCGGCUUCUCUUGAGAUGUUUGUUGAUGAGCUCCCUGACAUGCCCAAGCUGAAGGGCUAUGUGACCUCCAAGGGUGGAGGUUUGAGUCCUGGUCAUCUCCGAAUUGGAAUGUUCCAGACUAAAUGGAAAUUUCACAGGGAUCUACCAGCAAGUACCGUGUUUGCAUAUGGAGUGUCAAAGGAAAGUGCAAGUGUGCCUGGUCCAACCAUUGAAGUUAUGCAAGGCAUCGAUACAAUGGUGACCUGGGAAAACCAUCUGCCAUCAAAGCAUAUUCUUCCAUGGGAUCCCACGCUAAUGGUAGCAAGUCCUAAACAGGGGGGAAUCCCCACUGUGGUUCACCUGCAUGGUGGAAUUCAUGAGCCACAAUCUGAUGGGCACCCACUUGCCUGGUUUACAGCGGACUUUAAGGAGAAAGGGCCGGCCUGGAAGAAGCCCGAAUACCACUACAACAAUCUCCAGUCUCCAGGCAACUUGUGGUAUCAUGACCAUGCCUUGGGCUUCACCAGAAUCAAUCUCCUCACUGGUCUUGUGGGUGCCUAUGUUAUUCGCAAUCCCACUUUAGAGACGCCACUGAAUCUUCCAUCUGACCCUGAGUAUGAUCGCCAUAUUCUCAUCUUUGACAGGAGCUUCGCAACUGAUGGUUCAAUUUACUUGAACUCCACCGGCAACAAUCCUUCCAUUCAUCCUCAAUGGCAGCCAGAGUACUUUGGAGAUGCCAUUAUAGCGAACGGAAAGGCCUGGCCUUACAUGAAGGUGAAGAGGAGAAAAUACAGGUUCAGAAUUGUGAAUGGCAGCAACGCUCGCUUCUACAGAUUAGCCUUAAGCAACGGCCUAAACAUGACCCACAUAGGCUCCGACUCUGCAUAUCUCUCAAAGCCCGUGACAGUGAAAGAAUACUUGCUUGGCCCCUCUGAGAUUGCAGACCUAAUCAUCGACUUCAGCGCUUCAUCCACAAACACAGCCAUCCUAACCAACAGUGCAGAAUACCCAUAUCCCUCAGGGGACCCUGUCGAUGAUCUCAAUAGCAAAAUCAUGAAAUUUCUCAUCCAAGACAACACAGACCCAUCUGUCGAGCAGGAUCGAAGUCAAAUCCCCAAAAAGCUGCUUCAUUUCCGUCGACCCAGAAAGGAUCUGGUGGUCCAUGCAAGGUACAUUGCCUUGUAUGAGUACCAAUCUUCUACUGGAGAGCCCACCCAUUUGCUCGUUAAUGGCUUACCGUUCAAUGCCCCUGCGACUGAGACGCCCAAACAGGGGAGCAGGGAAGUCUGGAAUGUUAUCAAUCUUACGGAAGACAAUCAUCCCCUGCAUAUCCAUCUCGCCGUAUUCUUCGUUGUUCAACAGAUAGAGAUCACAGAUUUGGAGAAGUUCAAGAGUUGCAUGGAGCAGAAAAACGAUGCAGUGAAAUGCGAGAUAAAGAAGCAUGCAAAGGGGAAAACAAUGGCGGUUGCUGCUCCAGAUAGAGGGUGGAAGAAUGUGUUCAAAAUGGAGCCUGGGUAUAUGACAACCAUUGUUGUGGAUUUCUCCUUGUUGGGUUCUAAGGGUUCAUAUCCCUUCAAUGCUAGUGAUGAGCCUGGUUAUGUCUACCAUUGCCAUAUCUUAGAUCACGAAGAUAAUGAGAUGAUGAGACCUCUCAAACUCCAUUAAUAGAUUGCAAUCCAGAUGAGCAGCAAAGAGACGACCAUAGAAACUGAAUUGCUGACCUCUUUCAUGCUACAAAUGGUAUUGCAUGAUAGAGGAGGUACUCUCCUUUAUUAAAAGCUUCUAAAUGGGUGUCAUGCACCAAAUCUAUCUAUGACAUCAAUUAUAAGAUAACAACAAAAUAGACAAUUAUUGAAGUUUUAUUCCUUUCAAGUAAAUGCUUUAAAAAGACAAUAGCUAGUGUCUUCACUUUUUGCUUGAAGUGGAGGUUGUAUCUUAUGAUAUGCAAUUAAAUUACAAGUUUGUUUU